CAGACACAAAGCUUAAAUAGAAAUUUGAGUGCAUUAGCUAGUAAUUUCGAUUGCAAGAUUCUAGGUUAGCAGACCAAAAGCAAGCAAAUAAGAACUUAGUAAAAUAAGAUUUUUUUUCAAAAUAAAUAUCUACUAGAUUUUAUUGUCUGAUUGUCUACUAGAUAUUAUUGUUUGGAAAACAAAGCUGUUUUUCUUUUAAUUGACACCUUACUCUUGCGAAAUCUAUUAGCUUGAUUUGAUGUCUGGUCAUCUAAUUUCACCUGCUGCAAAUCAAGUAGAUUAGAGAUUCUGCGUAAUAAAUAUAGUUUUCAAUAUUCAUAUACCAAAAUAUCUUUCCAAUAUCUUUGUUAAAUUUGUUCUAAAAAAGUUUUUUUCUUUUAAAAAUAUUCCGAUUAUAAACUUUAAUAAACAUUUUUUUCCUCAAACAAAAAAGUAGCAGACGACAAAAUACCUUGAAAUAGUAAGAUGCAAACGAUUUGAAUGAAAUAAAACACGUGAUUAUGUAUUUUUAAGUCGCAUCUAAUGAGACUUUUCCUUCAAAUUAUUCUUUUUUCUUGAAAACCGGAAGUGAUUACAUAGAUGGGAAUGGCACAACUAACAAAGAUUCAAUUUACUCAAAUUAUUAGCAUAAUCAUCGUAAUAGCUCUUUAAAAACAUAUCUUUUUGCAGCCUUGGAAGUAAACUAUCUAAUGUUUUAUAAUUAAGACUAAAAAAAGUACCCUGUCCGGUUUUAGCUGUUCUAUCAUUGCUGUUUCUCUUCAGGUACAUUACAUUUACGAUUUGAGUCGCAUUGUGAACAAUGGAAUAUUGAGCGAACUGUUCUAAAAAAAAGUAGGAAAGAUAAAGGACAACUGUAUGGAUACAUCUUAAUGCCAAUUUCGCUAAUCAAAAUAUAAUUAACCAUGGAAUUAAGAUGGAAAGGAACUCUGACCAUUGUUCUGUUGAUGUUAUCCGGGUCUUUAACAAACUUAGAUUGUUGGAGCGUACCAUUACCGAAUGUGACAUCUGAUGAUAUCCAAAGAAUUAACACAUCAUGUAAUGAAACAGAUUCCUGUGAACAAUUAUUUGAUGUGACAUAUGAUGAUAUCCAAAACAUAAAUGCAACGUGUAAUGAAUCAGAUUCUUGUGAACCAUUAUUUGAUGUGACAUAUGAUAUUCAAAAUAUAAAUGAAACUUGUAAAGAAUCAGAUUCCUGCAAAACAUUAUUUGAUGUGACCUAUGAGGAUAAACAUGGCAUAAACGCAACUUGUAAGGAAUCAGAUUCCUGUGAACCAUUAUUUAAUGUGACAUAUGAUGAUAUCCAAAAUAUAAAUGCAACGUGUAAUGAAUCAGAUUCUUGUGAACCAUUAUUUAAUGCGACAUAUGAUGAUAUCCAAAGCAUAAACGGAACAUGCGAGGGAAGAGAUUCAUGCGAAUUACCCAGAGAUAAAGAUACUCUUAGCUAUUAUACCUGCAAGUGUAACAGCUACUGCAGUUUGUUUGGAACAUGCUGUGUAGACUCGAAACACAAACACAAAUACCCGAAACCUCUAAAACACCUAUAUUGCGAUUCUGUUUUUCAGGACGAGGAGUUUUGGUACGUACCCAUGGUAUACGGUUGCGAUCCUGAUUCCCAAAGUAAUAAAACCACCAAGGAACUUUGCAAUAGCAAUGCUGAACUAUCAAACAAUCCUGUUUUGAAUGUACCCGUUACUGAUCUUGUAACAGGUAUUUCGUAUAAGAACUACUAUUGCUUCUCGUGUAACAAAAACUAUGGUGAACAAGAACCAAUGCCAUGGAAGUUAGAAUUGGAAAGUCAUUCAGAAAAAAUAAAUGGGUCAUUACAGAACUUACAUUUCGAUAUUUCCAGAUGGACUUGGGUCUUGGAUUACAAUCAAGCAAAUGCAACCGAUGUAUUUUUGUAUAUAUCUAUGCCAGAAGCAGUGAUAGAUGUUAUUCCUUAUUGCUAUAACUUCAUAAUAAUAUCAGACUGCGCUUCAAACUGGACUGAUGACACUACGCGAAAUAAGUGUCUGGCUUAUAUGGCACUGGCAAGAAUUCCUGUCAAGAAUAAAGAUGAGACUAAUCUAAUAUACUAUCGAAAUCCACAUUGCGCCAUUUGCAACUAUCAGAGUAUUGAUGGCAGGGAUUGCAAUGGAUAUGAUGAUAAUCAUAGUGUGUCUUACGGGCAUAAUGACUUUUUCUAUGGUUUGUUCUCUUUACACGACAAAACAAGCAAAUGUGAAGACAAUAUGAUUUAUGAUUAUUUCGGAAAGAAAUGUAGAAGAAUAUACAAAGCAAAAAAGCGACGGCUAUCAUAAUCUUCUUAUAGUUGUUCAGUUCACAAAGUAAAAAACCGGUAUAUCAUGAACAAUUUUUGAUUUAAUGAUGGGAUUUUCCCGUACUUAAGAUUCGGAUUUCUAGUUCUCAAUAUGUAGGGAACAGCUGCAAUCCAGGAAAGAAGGUACCAAUCACUUACAGAAGAGCAGUCGAAAGCUUGAGAUUUUUAAUUUAAAUUUUUUUAUCUCAAGAUACGAUAUUUUUCUGUUUGCUUGAUAGGACAAAACACACAAAAAAUAAAAUUAACACAAAGGGGUCUAGGCAUUCGUACGUCGAUCAAACUAUUAAGACUAUAUUCCCCAAAUUGCAGCUACCGUCCUUUUUUUUUAAGGCCAUUAUUACGAAAUAGUGCGCAAUUUAGAAAAGGUACGUUUUGAGCCUUAUUUUGUAACCUGAAAUAUUGCGAGCACUUACAAGUUACUAAAUUUAACAUUUGGUCCUAGAACUGUCAAAAUGGAAUCUCGGUAUUUCGUUACGGGAAAAUCUAAUUAUUAGAUCAAAAUAUAUUCAGGUUAUUCUUUUUUUCUCUCUUUCUGCACAUUGUACGUGAAUAAAUAUCGAUUUCUAUACAAUUGAUAUUUUUUCGUGGACAAAAAAGAAAAAAAAAAGUCAAUAAAAUCCUCCAAUUUACUACGAAGGGGAGAGUGGGUCAAAAGCGGGUAGUGGGGGUGAGACUGGGUACCCGAUUGUGUCAAAAUUAGUUCUAUUUUUCAGAAGAGUACAGAAGAAGUAUCAAAUAAGUACACUUGAAAAAAAAUUUUAUGGUGACUAUUAGAGCCACGGAUGUUUUUGAAUUAAUACAUUUCAAAUUAUGUAUGAUGAACAAGUUUAAUUAUGGAAUCAUAGCCCAUCUAAGGUGCAUUUUAAGUAUCGAGAAAUAAGUUCUGGAGAAAAUUUAAAUUCAAAGUAAAAAAACAUUUCGAAAAUGUUAGUUUUAGACUACCCAAAACCAUGUUAUUAAUGCCGACCUUUCAGAUAAGGCGAGAUGGUACUUACAAGAUUUUAUUUUUAAAUGCUAUUUUCCUUCAAAGUAAAAAAAAAGAACUAUUUGUUUGCGACAUUUUGGUGAAUAUAAAUGCACUUUGUAACUGAAACUGAAUUUUUGAGAAAUUAUCCAUUUUCCUAGGUACACAAAUAACUAUUUGUAUUUGAGGAGGUAUAAAUUAAUAGUUAUACAUUCGUCCUAUUCAUUAAGCAUUUAGCUUAAUAUAUAUUCGUUCAUCAUCUUUGUUUGAACUGCAUUAAAUUGCAUACUGUACUUUCAAAAAUAUAUGUACCAUUAGAAAAUGUUCCAAAAUUUUAGAUUUGUAUUAGUAAACUAUUACCUAAAUCUUUAGUGGAGCAAUAUUUACUUUUUUAUUAAGUAUUUGUAAAAUUUUACAUAAAAAAGAGCAUUAAAUAGAUACGUUUGUGAUUUUGGACACCUGAAUAUGUAAAUACUUUUUGUACCAAAAAUAUAAAUCUGUAAAUUUAUUUUUAGAUAUUUACUAUCACAGCUAAUAAAUUUUCAAUCCUAAAAUUACUUUAAACCGACAAAAAAAAGUGAUUGAUUGAAACAAUUGAUUCAAAAAGUAACUAUCACAUAAGGAAAGUGCUUAUUUGAAUGCUUAUUGCUGAAAUUUUAUCUAUGCAGAUUGAAUGUUUAAUGUCUAUUUGUAAAAUGACUGAAAUUUAGAAAGUUGUAUUAGUACGCUUGUUCAAGUAUCAAAUUAUUAAUUCAAAAAUAGUUAUGUGCUUUCAAAUUGUUUAAAAUAAAGUGAAAAACAAACACA